CUUCCACAUCAUACCAAGCCUAGAUCCUCUCCUGCUCUCUCCUCCUCCCCCCCGUUUCGUCGUCUCACUCGACUCCUACUUCUCAUUCCUCAUUCCUCAUCUCUCCUCUCUUCUUUCUCACUUUUCGCAAUUCUCCUCCUGGUGAUCACGUUUCUUUGUUCCUCGGGCCAUGCUUCGAUAGUCCCCGCCUAACCGCCCUUUGAGCCGGCUCUUAGUCCAGUUGCAGAUCUCGGUUUAAUAGGCCUUCAAUCCCUUAACCUCUUGACUUUCCUCUUCUUCUCAGCGCCAUUGCCAGUCCCCUUGGAUCGGCUGGGCGAAACAAUUCUUGUCGCGUGCAGGCGACUAGCAGCAGGAGAGACAAGAGGUCGACCACACCACCGAAACCCUCCAAUCAGCCCCAGGCGUACAGAUUACAAGCCAAACAGCCAACACACUUUCCCCCACCAAAAGUCUGCCUACUUAAUAACCCCAUGUCUGCCUCAACCGCCACCGCCUCCGCCUCGCUCUCCGACUGCCCACGUCCAGGGCGACUCCGUCGCUUCAGCCAGCUUCGUGCUUAUACCCAAAAUCUAUCCCAUUCGUCUCCAGGCGGACAUCGGUCGCGUACCAGUCUGAGUAGUCGAGUGCCGUGGCUCUCCCCAUCCUCAUCGGGUCCAGAGUCUCCCACGCAACAGGUGGGGAACUCCACUGCUCCAGGCCCCGAAAGUGACCAACCAGCCCUGUCUCGCUACACUUCUGCACCCACUGCGAGCUCCCACGGUCUCGGCGUCGACACACAAACGUCAUCGGCCGAGUCGUCCAGGUCAACUCCUUCAAACGAGCCUGCCCAACCUUCCCCCAAUGUCAUGGCGCGAUUAAGGAGUGCUUCGGCCGUCCAAGGUCGCCCACCUCGUACGAUCGCGCUCGCGAGAACCGCGACCCCAGAGGCUGCUCCGACCUCCUCCCCAGAAUCGACCCCUGCGGCCACUGAUGCGCCCGAGUUGACAGGUACAAUUCCGGCGGACGCUGCCCAGGUCUCGCUCGUCAACUCGAAGCAGAAGGCCACCAUUCGAUUUUUCCCUUAUCAAGACACCUUCCAGAGCUCGCGGCCGUCUCUCCCGUUCGUCCCCAUUGCACGUACGUUACCGUCGGAGAGCUCCGUCAUUCGAGUGGGCCGAUACUCUGAGCGGGAUGGCAUUCCAAUUCCCAAUCCCACUGAGCCCUCAGACGCCCCUGUGGGAUUCAAAUCGAAGGUGGUCAGUCGAAAACACUGCGAGUUUCUCUACAGUAAUGGUCAGUGGCACAUCAAGGAUGUGGGAAGUUCUUCCGGCACAUUCUUGAACCAUAUGCGAUUAAGUCAGCCGAACAUGGUAUCUCGUUUAUACUCGAUCAAGGAUGGCGAUAUUGUGCAGCUGGGAAUUGAUUUUCGGGGCGGCGAGGAAAUGAUUUUUCGUUGUGUUCGGAUACGCAUCGAGUGCAAUCGCUCUUGGCAGCAGCAGCCGAACGAGUUCAAUAAAAAUACAGAAAGCCUCAUCAAGAACCUGGGGAAAGGAGAUGGGGCUGACUACUCUGGUUGUCGAGAGUGCUCCAUUUGCCUCGGCUCUGUUUUGCGCCCAUAUCAAUGUCUUUUCAUGGCAGCAUGUGCCCAUGUCUGGCAUUACAAAUGCAUCAGUCGCUUACUGCACUCCCCGGACUAUCCCAUGUUCCAGUGUCCCAACUGCCGUGCAUUCACCGAUCUCAGCGCGGAGGUCGACGACACUAACGAUGUCGUUGAAAACGACGAGGAAAAGGCGACCACUGAACCUGCAUCGACCAACGAUUCCGCUGAGCCUCUCUCUGGGACGCAGUCAGCGGUGAAUCAUCAAGCUACGACAAAUGGUGUGGAGGAGCACGAGUCGACCCCAUUGGAACCUCACUCUGAAGAACCGGACAUUGUCACCGACGUCGAGAAUCUACACUUGCAGGAUGACGGUGAUCAAGCGUCUGGGUCUGGAAUUGACAUGGAGGACAGUCGCAGCUCCGACUCCCAGGCUCCGAACACUAGUAAUGACGACCUCGCUCGCAGCGCCACCAUCAGUAUCCCCGGAUUUCAACCCACACAGCCUGUCAACGUGCCCGCGGCUCGACAAUCACAUCUUCGUGCAGACACGCCCGGCCGCUCAGAGACAUCCGAUGAUAAUCCUCUGACACCACGUAAUGACUCGGGUCCCCUCGCCUUUGACGGUCGUGCGGGUAUGCGGUGACGAGGCAUAGCGCACCCGAAAUAAUCUUAAUGAAUGACCUUUCGACCAAUCUACCCAAGUCAUCUUGUGCCAUUCGCGUGACAUUUUAGCCUUCCCCCAUUCCGCCAUUUUUGCAUUCUUUGGAUGUCCUUCUUGAUCUCGGG